AUGUGUGAGGAACCUCUUCCUUUAUCUGCUUCUUGUUCCAAGGAACGCACAAAGGUGAAACAAGCAUUGAUGGUGUAUAGGGACUUGUUUUGCAAACUUUUGAGUGAAUACGAAGCAGAACAACUUGGACAUUUGAAACCAAAAACAAAAGCCUUGACUGAAGCAGCAAUGUUAAUGCGGAAGAAGCAUCAAUGGGAGGACACUAAAAAGCAAGUGGGACAUGUCAAAGGAAUUGAAGUUGGUGACCAAUUUCAAUACAGGGCUGAACUCAAUGUUAUUGGCCUCCAUCGUCAGUUUUCAAGUGGUAUUGAUUACAUAGGGAAGGGUACAAACUCACUGGCCACAAGCAUUGUUGUAACUCAUCGCUAUGCUAAUGCUAUAAAAUCUUGCGGUUCCUUGGUUUAUAUAGGUCACGGAGGGAACCCUGAUGUAAGAAGUAAAUCAAGUAAUGUUUUGCCACAUGAUCAGAAAUUGGAAGUAGGAAAUCUUGCUUUGAAGAAUAGCAUGGAUGCAAAAAGUCCUGUGAGGGUUAUAUUGAUGAAGGCUUGUGCAAGAUUUGAUGGGAUGUACACAUUUAGUAACAGCGAUUCUAACUGCCGUUAUAUUUAUGAUGGCUUAUAUUUAGUGGAGAAGAUGACACAAGGGAGAGGAAAAUUUGGAAAGCUUGUGUUCAAGUUUACAAUGAAUAGAAUUUUAGAGCAACCCGCAACUUGUGUUUCCUUUAAGGAUGUGAUUAUGCAGAAUGAUAGCAGUUCAGGGCGAUUUGCAGGUUCUACUCCAAUGAAGAGAAACAAAUCUAAAGGUUGUGCAGCCCAAAAGGAUGUUGUCCGUGUGAAUGAUGUGUCAAAGGGGAAAGAAAAGUUUCCUAUUCGGUUGGUCACAUCAAUAGAUUGUGUUGAAAUACCUCCAUCAUUUGAUUACAUAGUCGAUAUCAUUUAUUCAGAGAGAUUCAACCAGCCAAUUCUACAUGGAUGUGAUUGUGUAGAUGGAUGUGUGGAUUUUAAAAAAUGUGGCUGCAUUGUUAAGAAUGGUGGAACAAUACCUUAUGACUGUAACAAAAGACUUGAUUCUCAAAUGAAAUCAUCCCUUAUAUAUGAGUGUGGCCCUUCUUGUAAGUGCUCCAAAUCUUGCAUCAACCGGGUAAGUCAGUGUGGUAUUCAGUUCCAAUUGGAAAUCUUCAAAACAGAAUUGAAGGGUUGGGGUGUUAGAACACGAUCUUUCGUUCCCUCUGGAAGCUUUGUGUGUGAGUACAUUGGAGAAGUUCAUCACAAUAGAGAAGCGGGUUCUAGGCUUGUGGUUGAUGACUAUAUAUUUAACAUAGGUGAUGGCAAGGGCUUCUUCAUUGAUGCAACAAGACGUGGUAAUAUUGGAAGAUUUAUAAAUCACAGUUGUUCUCCUAAUCUCCAUGUCCAUGAUAUUUUUUAUGGUCACAAUGAAAAGAGCAUUCCCCACAAAGUGCUGUUUGCUAUAAAGGACAUAGCUGCUGGUAGAGAGCUGAGUUAUAAUUAUAAUUGCUGCAAGGGAAGAAUUAUCAAGGUUGGGAGUAAUAGUUGCUACUGUGGUUCACCUCAAUGCAAUGGACACAUUCACAUUUGA